AUGCUGGGAGCUCCCGCGGGGAGAACCUCGGCGUCCGCUGCUCCUCCUCCAGAUGCUAGCGCGGCGGUUCCCGCGGCCGGAGCACAGCAAGCGACGCCCGGGAGAAAGAGGCGACGGCGGCGGCUCCUCACGCCUAAACUCUGCCGAAGCCACUGCGGCAGGAGGGCCCUCCCCCCCCCCGCCCAGCUAGACGACAGCUUUCCCACCCCGGUCGCUCUCGGGAGAGUGGGGAGAGAGCACCGGAACCCGCCGGCUAGCCCUGGCCGACAGCUUCACCCGGAGCGCCCGCCAAAGUCCAGAGUCCGCUUCCCACCACUCUCCCUACUCGCGGAGUUCCAGAACUUGACACCAGAGACCACCGGGGAAAGCCGGACAGCGGCCGGGAAAGUAUCGGGAGUGGGCCCUGGAGGAGGCAAAUCUCGCGAGAACUUUCUCAUUCGCCCCGCCCCUCCCACUCCCCGCUGUGUUCCGACUCCUCUCGGCCCCCGGUUAUACCAGAGAGGCAGACUGAGACACCUAAAAGAAACGAGCGAGAAGGAGAGCGACGCCGUCUGCUUUUGAUCUUCGGAGGCUUUGUUGCUGACGGGACCCUGCGUUUUAACUUGCAAAAUUUCUUACGAAUCAGAAAUAUUUGUCUUUCCCUAGGCACAAAAUAAAUAGUGAUUUACUUAUUGGGUUCCUUUAACCUCAGCUUUCUAAAUCCCUUUUCUCUUUUGAAAACACAAUUUAAAUUGUUACCUGAUCAGGAAUAAUAAAAUAGGCAUCAUAAUUUGAUAUAUUGCCAUUUAUGUUUUCUAGCCUCAUUGUGAAAGAGGGCAUAAGAUUAUUGUAAUCAAAACAUGAGCCAUUCUUAGAGUUAGAAGCAAGUACGAUUAAUUUAGCCAGCUUUUUUUCCCCUCCUGCUUAAACCGUAUUCUUGAGCAGUUGUGUGUGUACAUGUGUAUUUAUUGAGCAAUAUUUGUUGAACGCCAACCAUUGUGCCUAGUGUUUUUUAAAAAAACUCAUUUCUCAC